AUGGAUCAGAUUGAAGACAUGAAGAAGAAGAAUGAGAUCGAAUCAAAGGCACACAAUGUCAUCCUCUUGAGCUUUAGUGAUGAAGUGUUAAGAGAAAUUGAGGAUGAGGAUCAAGCAAUCAUAUUGCUCAGAUCUUUGCCAAAGAUGUAUGAGCACUUUAUUGGUACAAUUCUGUAUGGGAAAGACACUUUUACCAUGAUAGAAGUUAAGCAGCUUUCAAUUCAAAAUAAAUUCAAAAGAAGGGAGAAGAUAGAAAUGAGAGCAAUGACAAGAAACAAGAAGAAUGGAGAAGAAAAUAUUGCUGAUGGACAUGGCUAUGUUGAUGUUCUUGUGGCAUCUAGUUUUGAUUCAGGUGGAGAAUGGGCCCUUGAGACUUUCAUCAAUUGGAGAAAACUUCUGGAGAAUCAAGUAAGAAAUAAACUCAAGGUCCUCAUAACUGAUAAUGGACUUGAGUAUUGUUCAAAUGAGUUCAAAGUCUUCUAUGCAAGAGAAGGAAUCAUGAGGCACAAAACUGUGGUGAAGAACCCUCGACAAAAUGAAGUUGCUGAGAGGAUGAAUAUGACACCCAUGGAAAGGGUUAGAUGCUUGCUAUUAAGAGCUGGUUUGGAAAGGCCAUUUUGGGGAGAAGCUCUUAUGACAUCAUGUUAUCUAAUAAACAGAUGUUCUUUAGUGGCUAACAAUUUUAAGACACCUCAAGAGAUUUGGAUAGGGAAGCCACCCAAGUUUGAACAUUUGAGAGUGUUUGGUUGCACAACUUAUGAAGAAGAAAUGGCUAUGGAAGUUAAAGUCACUCCUGUUAAUGUUCAAACUGUCCAACUAGACAAUAUGCAUAUUGAGGUGGAUUAG